AUGGCCCCUAAGAAGCAGUCGCAGAAGCGGGAAUCCACGGGCAAGGCUGGAUCGGCCCCUCCUCCGAUGAAGAGGCCAAGGUCAAGGGCUGGAUCGGCGCCGUCUACCCCAGGGGGAAGAGAUGAUGACUUCGACAAUGCGCAGCCGGCUGCAUCGGCCAAUAAUUGCGUGGGCCCCGUGCUGGACAUCAUCACCGAGGCUUUGAACACCAUCAAGACGUCGCCAAUCUUGGCCGACCUCGAGAAAACAAUGCCGCUGACCAUCGCCGACGGCGGCCGCCAGGCGCCGUUCACCAAGCAGGACUGCCUUGAUGCCCUCAGCCGCGGAAGCAACUACACUUGCGGGAGCAACCUGUUUUGGCAGAACUUCUUCUGGAGCGCCACUUACAAAACCCCUGUGAACAUGGGGCAGGUCAAAGAGAUCCGCAGAUUCCACAUGUCCCCGAUGAGCCCGCCAGAGGUCUUCCCCAUGACCACCGUCUUCGCGGCGGAAAACCCGGCCAUGGACGUCACCAUGCACCUUGGCAGUUUGCAGCGCCUCUCGCCAAUCGAGCCGCAAUUGGCUCUGCUCAUGAGCAUGGCCGACGCGGUGAAGAAGGAGGCGGAGGACAGCGUCCUGUUAAAGUGGAGGCAGGUCGCGCUGUCGGCGCCAGUGACGUUCGAGGUGCAGGCGAAAGGCGACACUCGGUAUUGGCGCGCCCAUGAUAUUCGGCAGGAGUGGAUCGAGACAGGGGAUACAGCCCAACUCAGCGUGAGGCAAUGGGUGUACGACAUCGUCGGUUUUAAGGAGGCGAAGGAGAAAGAUAUUGGUAAGACGCUGGGUAGCAAGGAGCUCAGCCAGCUCUACGAGAAGCACAUGAAGUACGCGAAGUCUACAGUCCACGUGAAACCGACAUUCGUGGAUAACGCGAUCACCGUCCACAAGCGGCUGUUGCCCCUGGAAGACUCCAACAAGUGCCUUGUCUGGGCGGACGAGAACUUGAUGACCGAUUCCCCGUGGACGAGCCUCUACGCGACGCAGGCUGUGGUCGAGCGCGCGUCGACUCCCAACAAGAUCGAUUGGGCGAUGAUGGGCCUCACGGACCAUUACCGCAUGGCGCCCAAAGCGUCGGGGAGGAGUCAGAACCACCAGGAGUUCAUUGACUUAGGCAAGUUCGGUGUCAACAAGCUCAGGGACUACAGGGAGAGCUACGUCGAGGUCUUGAACUUGAAGCUCGACGUGAAGAACGAGAUGCUGUUCAAAUGGCUUCCGCGCGUUGGCAUCCCAAGCGAUCACGUCGCAACCAUACAGCAGAAGAUGGGUACCUUCGCCGCGGUGCGGGCGUACGUCACUGGCUACCCGGGGGAUACAGUCGAUACCACGUGGCAAGCUCUGAUGAAGCAGUCGGCUGUUUCGGCUGUCGCGCUCAUCGAGGAGUUGGUGUACACCAUCGAGUUCGACAUUUCGCGCUGCACCAAUGCCAUCCAGUCGAAGCUCGAUGUGGCGGACUUUCUCGCCUACGAGUCGGUCGCCAUGCGUACGAACGAAGUCAUCGAAAUGGCGAAGGGGGAGAACGGGACUGAUGGCGCCGAGGAGUUGAAGAAGUUCGCCCACUUGCAAGAGACGGACAAACAGAAUUGGAACAGGGGCAUUGACAAGGUCGUUCGGACUUACAUUCAGAUCGUGCCCGACCAGAAAACGCUGGCUGAGCUGGAGAACGUGCUCCGGGACUCCGCGCUCGCCACCAUCAAGGGUGACCCCACGGGGCUGGUGCUGUACCACUUCGACGCGAAGCAGUUCGGCGAGCCGCAAUACGGGCCUGAGCUGCGCAUUGCGCCCCUCAGGGAGAAGCAGUACGAGCGUCUCGCGCGUUCGAUGUUGAACGCAAGGGCGCCCCAGGGGCAGCCGAGCCAUCUCCGCAAUGGGGAGGUCGCAGUGAUUCUGGACGGCGGGCGGAGGGGCAAUGCGUCCAAGCUGUUCGCGCCGUGGAAGGAGAACACCGUCGAGAAGAAGGAGGCUAAGGGGCGCGGCCGCGGCGGCGAUGAGGUGAUGGAGGCCGACGACGACGACGAUCAGGACGGCGACGACGACAGCGACAACGAGCCGAGGGCCGGCUUCAAAGCUUCGAUCAUCCAGCUCGCGCACACGGAGGACAGCCUGAAAGCGCGCCGCAACAGGGUGCACGGAGGCACAGGGAGCCUGCACCAGAUAGAGUGGGCGCACAUGGUGGCACACGCGCGCAUUUCGAUCCCUGAGCGGCGCCGCAAGUACUUCGAGGGCAGCACGGCAGGGGAUCUGAUUACUGGCGUCGAGGUCCCAGAGCUUGGCAAAGAAUGGCACGUGCUGUGGAAGGACAAGAAACUUAUGUACGGAAGGAAAAAAAUGAUUGCCGUGGGUGGCAAAACAGAAGGCAUUGAGCCGCUCCAGGAGCGGAAGACCGACGAGACCAUGAUCCCCGUGAAUUUCCACGGCAUGCCGAUGGUCUACUACAAUGAGCUGAUCCACAUGUUCUAUGUUAAAUGCGUGCUGGAUCUGACCCCGACCGAUGCGAAAUUCGCGUGGGCUUGUCUCCAGGAGAGGAUCGCAUACGUCGGGGUGGCAUUCACGAAGGAGCACAUGGAGAAGAUCUACUCCUACCUGACGGACCUCGUGAAGCAGGCGAUGGCGGAUGCCGGGUCCAAGCUGUUCAACAAGGACUACGCGAAAUCUCUCGGCAUGGAGCUCACUGCCGAGAGCGAGCUGCGGUGGGAGCUCCCUGUCGCGCAUUUCGCCGACGGCAGCGAGCUGCGGUAA